AGGACAGACCCAAUGCAGCUCAUCAUGUGCACUCUCCUGUGGGUGUGGCAGACAGCAGCCUCGCAGCAUGGUCGUGAUGCCACCCCACCACUGACAGAACAGGAUUUAUUGAAGACGGAACUAAGGAAUUUUAGGUUAGAACUUGCAAGAUCUGAGAUGAUGCUCUUAGGGAAGCUUCCAGUCCCCUUGCAGAGGCCUGGUAGAAGUGUUGACAUCACAGCUUCAAACUUGUACCAUCCCCUCUCCUUCCCAACACAGGCUGGACGUGACAGAGACAUACUGUUGGAAGACGUGGUUGUGGAUCAAUCCUUCAACUUGCCUGGGCUGACUGACCUGGAGUAUCUGGAGUAUAAUGGACACAAGUUCAUCACCAUGGUAACAGGAGAUGGCAAGGCCGAGGUCUACAUGUUAAACAUGACCACUGGUCACUUCAACUGGACAGCUGAGCUGGACAUCAGUGGAGAGUCAGUAAAGCAGCUCAGAUACUUCAGUGCAGCUUCCAACUGUUUUGGAGAGGGUGACCCUGACGUGAGGCUGUACUGUGUAGUCUUGUCAGACUACACAGUGAGGAUAUAUAAUGUCAUCAUGCCUUCAUUUAUCCUACCUGAGACACCUGUGCAGACUCUCCACUUCUCUUCCCGGACCAGAGGACUGCACCUGUUCCACACCCCUCAGGAAGGACCCACAGACCCGCUCUUCUUACUGGUGCUGCUGGAGAAGGGAGCCAUGCUGCCCACUGGGGAUGGCCAGCUGACAGUACCUGUGUAUCACUGGCAAAUUGACAAACAUUCCCAUGGCCAGUGUUUGUUCCACCACAUGAGCCACAAUUCGGUGGUCCCAGAGACAGGGCAGGAUGCAGAGAGUUUCCUCAUCAACAGUGAGAUGUUCCUGGUCAUCGCACAUCAGUCUGACUACUGGGGAGAAGUGGUGUCCCGAUCAACAGUUCUCAAAUACAACAAACAUAGAGAUGUAUUUCAACAUCUGCAAAGCCUUCAUGUGAAGGGAGCAGUAGAUGUCGAGUACUUCCGGAUAGGACAGGAUCCAUACCUGGCCCUAGCAGCACGCUCUGGUACUGCAGAAGCAGCGACAGGCAGGCUUGGAGAGAUGCAGCCAUCAUACAUCUUCAAGUGGAAUGGUUACAAUUUUCAGGAGCUGCAAACUAUUUCAGUAGACAGAGGUCAAAAGUUUGAGUCCAUUUCGGUUCCUGGCAGUAAGAAAACCAAACUGCUUGCUCUUGUUCACCAUGGCACCGACCAUUCUCCUCAAACCAGCAUCUUCCAAUACAACAACCAGCACCAACAGUUUGAACUGGCUCACCAACAAUUACCAGUUGGACCAGGCUAUCCAGCUGAUGCUCCUGCUGACAUUCUGUCCUUUGCCCAUCAUGGCAAGAGCUACUUGGCUGUUGGCCAUACUAACUGGACCAUGCUGUACAGACUGGAGGUGGCUGACCAGUAUCUACCCAGCUCCAUGAAGGUGGAAAAGCAGAAGAUAUUGGACAGCAUCACUGAACUGAAGCAAAACGUUACUGAGUUGAGUAGCAGUGUGCAGGCCCUGACAGAACGUGUAGCAGAAGACCCAGUAUCAAAGAUGGGGGAUCAGGUCAUCACUGGGACAAAAACCUUCACUGGCAAUGUGACCAUCAGGCAUCUUGUUGCUAAAAAUAUCACAGUAGGGACAACCGUAGUGGAUGUACCUGAAAGAUCUCUAUAUCAGAAGAGGCUGAAUUCCAUGGAAACCAUGAAAACUCAAGUUGGAACACAGCAAGAGGCUAUAGAGAGCAUCUUGGGGAGGCUACAAGAUGCUGUGGCCAUAGACACAGCCCAGGAGGUUCCCAGGGACCUGGUGCUGCAGGACAGGGUGGUACUGAAUGGUGAUCUGACAGCACAGAAGAUUACCUUGGAGACAAUCAAUGGGGUGAACAUCCCAAAGUUCCAACAGGAAGUACUCAGGCUAGACUCAGAGAGAGAAGCUGAGAUUAGGGGAAGUAUGGAAGUCCAUGGAGAUGUCUUCAUCAUGGGAAAUCUCAAUGUCAGUGGGAGAUACAGUGGAGUUGACUUGUCGUUAGAUGCCAUGACUGUUGCUACACCGCAGAACAUUACAGGUUUAGUGACGUUCUCCAACAAUGUCAACAUCAUUGGAGACAUAGAACUAACAGGGAUGCUUAAUGGAGUGGACCUGUCUGAGGAUGUAGUAACUUUGGCUGGAAAUCACUCCAUCACAGGUAAAAAGACUUUUCUGGAUGACCUCUACUUUAGAGGAGACAUUGUCUUGGCCAACGAUUCCACAGUAGACAAUGUGGACAUCGUUCAACUGUCCAAGAAUGUGCUGACCAUCAAUGGGGACCAAAUCAUCACAGGAGCCAAGACAGUUACCAGGAACCUCAUAGUUGACGGUGACCUGACCAUCACAGGGAGUGUGAAUGACAUUGACAUCUCCGACAUGGAUGAAAGAGUCAUCAAAUUAGAUGAACCAGCAGAGGUGACUGGACACAAGAUAUUUGAGGAUGAUGUAGAGGUGUACGGAGACAUAGAACUAAGUGGGCACCUGAAUGAUGUUGACCUGCAGGAAGAUCUAGUCUUUCACACAGGACCUGGUGUGAUAACUGGCUAUAAGACCUUCAGUGGUAAUGUCACUGUCCUAGGAGAUCUGUAUGUGACUGGGGCAGUUGAUGGCACUUACCUGUCUGAAGAGGUUGUUACACUCACAGGAGACCACCACAUUGAUGGGAUCAAGACCUUUAGUGGUGGGCUGCUGAUGGAGGAUGUGACUGUGGAAGGCACGGUGGAUGGGGUAAACCUGCGAGAGCUGCAGGAAAAUGUUGUUACACUGACAACAGACCAAGUAAUCACAGGUCCCUACACAUUCCAGAGUGGGGUGAACAUCACAGGGAACCUGCAGGUGUCUGGAGAAGUGGCUGGUGUUGACCUGAGUGAGCUGGCAGAGGAUGUUAUCUACGUCGACUAUCCAGACGUUCAGGAAGUGGAAGGCCAGAAGAUUUUCAGUGAAGAUGUUAAUGUCACAGAAGAACUGACAGUGACUGGGACCAUCAACGGCUUCGACAUGGAGGAAGACUUUGUGCACAGGACAGAUAAUAAGACAAUCACUGGAUAUAAAAUCUUCAUCGCCCCUAUAACCAUCUAUGGAGACUUAACUGUGAAGGGGACUAUUGAUGGUGUGAACUUGACCAAACUCCUACAGGACAUGGUAACUCUCAGUGGGGAUCAGAUCAUCCGGGGGCACAAGACUUUUAGUAGCAGCGUCUUUGUAGAUAACAAUCUUAUCUUGGGUGAAGACAGCAGGCUGAAUGGCAUCGACCUGUCUGAUGAUACAGUUUUACUAAACAGCAGCCAGACAAUAACUGGCACAAAAGUAUUCCAGAAUGGGGUGGUGGUGGAAGGUGCGGUGGCAGUGGAGGGUUGUCUACAUGUGGAGCAGGAGGUUAAUUCUGUGGACUUGAACGACUUAGCCGACAACCGAGUCACUUUGUCCACAGACCAGAUCAUCACAGGAAGGAUGACGUUUCAUGAUGAGGUCAUUGUGGAAGGAGAUGCAGUGGUGAAUGGAACUGUCAAUGGACUGGACCUGCAGGAGUUUGUAGAGGACAUGAUGCUGAGUUCCACCCCCCAGACUGUGACAGGCAGGAAGGUGUUCCUGGGGCAGGUGACUGUUGAAGGGGAUGUCAUCACCAAUGGGACUGUAGCUGGUGUGGACAUAUCAGAACUGAUGGAGGAGGUUAUCUACCUUGACGAGGAUCAACCCAUCAUGGGAAACAAGGUGUUUGCUGAUCCUGUGGUCGUCCAGGGGGACCUGUUUGUGAAGGGGCUGGUGGACGGGGUCAACAUCACUGACCUGCAGCAGGACAUGGUCUACAGCACCAGGCAAACUCAGGUCAUCACAGGUACAACAACAUUCCUGGAUGGUUUCCAUGUGGAGGGUGACAUCCAUGUCCUCAACAUGGUGCAGGGUAUGGACAUUAGUGAGGAACUGUGGACAGUGUCAGCUGACCAAGUCAUCACAGGACAGUAUGUCUUCCAAAACAAUGUGACUGUGCAUCAGGACUUGGAGAUACAAGAGACAGUGAAUGGGCUAAACUUGUCAGAGGAUGUGCUACAGUGGACGACCUUGAAUGAACCCCAGGACCUAUAUGGGGACUUUACCUUUGAGGACACUGUGUUUGUCACACAGGACCUACAGGUUACUGGGACUAUCAAUGGUGUGGAUAUAUCCGAGUGCGUUGACAAUGCUGUGAUGGUUUCAGGGAACAAGGUUGUUUCAGGGACCAAACAUUUCCUGCGUCAUGUGACCAUCCACGGAAAUUUGUUUGUGGAGAAUGUCAAUGGAGUCAACUGGACUGAAUUUGUUAGCCAAAUUGUCACCAUCCAUGGAGAUGAGGAGAUCACAGGCACCAAGACUUUCCUGGGCGAGGUGGUGACAAACAGCACCGUGACAGUACAUGGGAACAUGUGGGGGGGAGGACAGGUGGAUGGUGUGGAUCUUACCCUGAUGCAGGAGGAGGCCAUUUAUCUGGACAAGCAGCAGCUGGUUACAGGAUGUAAAAGUUUCAGCAGCCCUGAUGGUAUGUUGGUGGAAGGGAACAUUGUCAUUCAUGGGAAGGUGAACAGCAUCAACAUGGCAGAUGUAGCCAUGAUGUCUGGUGCCCAGGUGAUCACUGGUGAGAAGACUUUUCUGGAUGGCAUCAAAGUCAAAGGGAGUAUCCAGCUGACAGGUUUGUUGGAUGGAGUAAACCUGUUGGAGGUAGAGGCUGACUCUCUGAAGGUUUCAGGGAGCCAGAUUGUCAGGGGCCGGAAAGUGUUCCUGUCUGAUGUGAGUGUAACAGGUGAUGUCAUCAUGGCAGAUGGAGUACAGCUGAAUGGCUGGGAUGUGAGUGAGGAGGCUGUGAUGCUGCACACUGACCAACACAUUGAGGCAACAAAAACAUUUCACGGCAAGGUCAUCGUUCAGGGAGACAUCAUGGUUCAUGGCCAAGUUGCAGGGCAAGACUUAGUCAAGUUGAUGACUGACCCAAGGCUGUCAUCUGACCAGACAAUCCAUGGAAAUGUAGUCUUCUUAAGGGACGUGGUCUUCCAGCAGGAGGUGGUCAUCAAUGGUGCUGUGAAUGGGGUUGAUCUGGAGAAGGUCAUGCAGAACCACCAGACUUGUUACAAUACUGUCCACAAGCAGACAGUGGAACUGCAAGAGAAGGCACUACAACAAUGUCAAGACAUCAACACCCUGCACUACACUACAAAAGAUUCCAUGGAAGUCAUUCACCACUUUGUGAAAGCCCAGUCCUUCCCUCUCCAUGCUGCCAGGAGCUUCCACUCCUUUGACAUGGAGGGUGAGACAUGGCUGGCUGCUGCUAACUUCAGGGACGACAGUGGUUUCUGUGUCCCCUCCCCACUGUACAACUGGGAUGUGAAUACUAGUCAGUUUGUUCCAACAGACAGUAAAGUGACAAAUGGAGCGAGACUGUGGCACUAUUUUAACAUCACUGACAGGGACAAUUCUGAUCAUUUCCUUGUGAUUGCCAACCAAGCACUACAGAGUUGCCCCGAAGGCCUCUCAGCAAAUGUUUCCCAGCUCUUUAAAUACGAUGUGAGGAUGAAAACCUUCACCCCCUACCAGAACCUGACUACACAUGGAGCCAAGGACUUUGUGUCCUUUAGGCUGGGAACUGAUACCUACCUGGCAGUGGCCAACAGUGACGAUGGUGGAAGAAGGUCAACCAUCUUCAAGUUUAAUCAAGAGGAUCAGCAAUUUGAGCUGCACUGGAGCAUUCCAACUGCAGAGGCAGUAUCUGUGGAUGCCUUUGAGUACAACGGUACACAGUUCCUGGUGUAUGCCAACAGUAAGCUGUUUGGAGAACUGCAGACCCAGGUCUUUGUAUAUGAUGAUGAAAAGAGCCAGUUCCAGUCCUUACAGAUCAUCCCCACCAGUAGUGCAGCCGAUGUGGUCCAUUUUGUCCUGGCCGGCCUGCCCCAUGUGGUGGUGGCUGACAUGUAUGAAGUGGGCCUGGCUGGCAUCAACAACUACAACUUGCACAUCAAGGUGUAUCAAUGGUCUCAGGAUAGGUCUGAGUUUGUGUGGACUCAGACUAUACACUUUGAGGCAGCAUCGGAUGUGGCAGUCUUUCAUUGGAAAAAUAACAACUACUUAGCUGCAGUGAGCCUCAACACUGCAGUCACAGUGUACAUGCAACAAAGGUGUGAGUGGUUUCCUCCCUGUAGUGACCAUUCCAGCCCACGGUGCACGCAGUGUCCAGCCACUGCCCAUUGGCAGCCAGCUAUUUCUGGCCGUAGCUCAGGACCCACUGGACACCAGAGGACAGGGGUCUACACUCUACAAGGCAGUUAUGACUGGUGCCACGAUGGAGACUGUUGGCAGCCUGCAGUGUGGCAUUGUGGGACAGCUACCAGAUCAGGACUGACGAGAAGCUUCACAAUCUCCAUCACCCUUCAGUAGUAUAAUGUUUAGUGUUUUCAUCAUCACCUGCCUAUGAUCUAAUCAUCUCCCUGCUGCCUAACUACAUCUUACAUACAUACUUUGUGGACCUCACCUGGAAAGUUUUAAUGACCAGUUUCCUUUUCUACUCCAAAAAGUGAUUGUUCUAACAAUUGCUUCUUUAAGACAAAAGUCAUUAACAAUACAAAAAAGCUAUCUUCAAGUUAGCAGGGUUAAUAUCAACACGUGCCAAGUGUGGAUGAUCUGACUCAGUAAAUAUAUUUAUUAUAUAACCAUUGUAUAUAUCAUAUGAAAAUGAAAUAAAGAAAACAUGAGAACUAAGAAUGUCUCCCUGUGGAACAAAAAGAAUUUACAUUUAUUUUAUUUAGUUGAACAUGAUUGUACAUGUACUAGUAUACCAGUUUACUUGUACCUGUAGGUGUGACAGAGUGUUGAAUAGUAGAUGUUGAGCCGGGCUGGCACCUUAUGGAAUGCGUUUGAUUACAUUAUGCUUAAGGGUGGUCAUACAGAUUCAAAUAUAGAUGUCUGGUUCAAAAUAUUGUUAACAAAGUUUUCCUUUUUAUGAAUGGGCAAAACUAUAUUCUGCCAUUUUCCAUUUUUUUAAAAUAUAGAAGUGAUUUCCUUCAAAAUCUGUACCAAGGUAUGUAACAUUUUAUCAACAAAUGGGUUCUUACAUCUUUAAUUGAAGACAAAACAACCAAACUUUGGUAAAAAAACCUUCAAAGGGACUUGCUAAGUACUAGUGCAUGUACUACCAGUAGGAAGAUCAUGCAUGCACACAUUUAGUUGAUUGACCACCAAAAAUGCAAUUUCAUUAGAGUUUAAUAUUAUGGCAGCAGAGCUGAAAAUAUACACUUUUACACUUAUAGUUAUACAUACAUGGAUUGCCACAUAGUAUUGACUUCAAGCAACGUUAUGUCAGACAUGUACCAGUCCUCUUUACAUAUCAAUAACUUAUAAGUAAGGUGUGAAGUGUUGUAAGAUUGCCUGACACUAUAUACUAGUAGUACCUAGCCUGACUGACAGUUUAUGAAAAUUGCUUAAUGUGAAAAUAGCCUAAUGUGAGAAAUUAAACCCUUGAAAGCAUUUAUUUUAUCAUUAGUGCUACACCAUUGUUACAAUGUGAAUCUGUGAUCAUGUGGUCCAAAUUUAGUCAAAAGACCAGACAACAACCAGCCAGAAAAAGGUUAAAGUAAUGCAGCAUUGUAGAAUAGCACAUUCCUGGACUGGAACUGGUUCAGACUGCCCCAGACUGGUUCCUCUGGCUACAUGCACCGUGUCCCAACAGCAUCAGGUCAGCUCCAGGUGUGCGUGGUUCUCAUCAGCUCUAGCCUUCAGCAGUU